CUGAAAUGUUUUUACACGUAUUUCGAUUCAAAGUCCACCUAACACCAAAUUAAUUACACGUUCAAAAAAAAUUUCUGAUUUUAGUUGAAUCGAAUAUGUUCUUAUCGAAAGUAUCAAAAUCCUCCUAAGAAAGUUGCUUCCGAAGUUGUUUCUCGAAUAUUUUUAAGCGAAUAAAUUCAUAAGAAUGGGGUUUUCUUCGUUUUUAAAACGUUUUAUUGUUAAUGCGACAAUUUUAAUUUUAUUCAUCACAUUUAUGCCAGGAUUACUACCUGAUGUAUCGAUAACGAAGUCGUUCAAGGUUUUUAAAGCUACUCUUGAUGGAAAACUGACUCCAAACAAAAAACUUGAUAAGGUAGAGAUCUUAUUUAAGGGAGAUCUUCUAGGUCCUGAAAGUUUUACAGAUGAUAAAAACUAUUUAUAUACUUCGCUCCAUACUGGAGAUAUAGUAAAAAUUGCUGGGAAACAUAUUGUACCUGUUGUUACAUUUGGAAAACCAUGUAAGGGAUUCUACGAAGAGCGAAUAUGCGGAAGGCCUCUUGGAAUAAAGUUUGGCAGUGACGGCUACCUUUAUGCUGCAGAUGCAUACUAUGGAAUAUUCAAGGUUGAUGUUGAUACAGGUGAAAAAACAAAACUUGUAUCAUUUGGGGAGGAGAUUGAUGGAAAACCAACCAAGGUUCCUAACAGUGUAGCAGUAAGUUGUAAUGGUGAUGUUUAUUGGACUGAUUCUAGUUCGAACUUUUUGCUUCAAGAUGGGUUAUUUGCAUUCCUUGAUGAUCCAUCAGGAAGACUUAUCCAUUAUAAUGCUAAAACUGGUAAGAAUAAAGUUUUAGUGGAUGGAAUUCUCUUUGCAAAUGGAGUAGCACUGUCGAAGAAUGAAGAUUUUGUAAUAGUUUCUGAUGCAACUAAUCAAAUUCUUCGACGAUAUAUUAAAGGUCCCAAGGCUGGUACCACAGAGACAUUUGUUAGGUUACCUGGUAUCCCUGAUAAUAUCCAAACUGAUGGAGGAUCUGGCUUUCUUGUGACUGUUAUUAUAGAAUCUAAUGCAGAAAGCCCAAGUUUUCCAAGUCUAUUGUCACGGUUCCCAAAUGUCCGAAGGUUCUUGGCUAGAUCACUUGGCUUGGCUGAGUUGGGUUUUCGUUUCAUUGAUAGACUUUACCCGAAUGAAGUUUGCCAGAAGACAUUGCACUAUAUUGGCCACAUCUCUUCAGUGGCAAAUAUAGUUCCAAGCAGAUCAAUAGUACUCCACGUUUCUGAAAAUGGUGAAAUAUUGAGCACUCUCUGGACUAACAACGCAACAAUUGGAAAGUUCAGUGAAGCUCAUAUUGUCAAGAACUAUUUGUACCUAGGAUCUCCUUUCAAUGAUUACCUUGGUCGAAUUCCACUUUCUGAGGUAGGGUGGGAACAUUUGAGCAAAACAUCGGAUUCAUUAACAUCAAAAAAGCAAUUGUGUUCAGAUUUGUAUGGCAAAGUGAAUCCCAAAGUUCCCCAACAACCUAAAAUUGAUACUGUUAAACCAACCGCAGCAUCUUCUAGGACAACGACAAAACCUGAAACAACUCACAAACAAAAAGACACUCCAGCCCAAAAACCAACUACCACAACUCAAAAAGCAACAACUACAACUCAAAAACCAACUGCAACAACUCAAAAACCUACAACCACAACUCAAAAACCAACUACAACAACUCAAAAACCUACAACCACAACUCAAAAACCAACAACCGCAACCCAAAAACCAACAUCCACAGCUCAGAAACCUACAGCCAAAGCUCAGGAACCAUCAACAAAAACUCAGAAGCCAACAACCAACUCUCAAAAACCAAACACAGUUCAGAAACCAACAACCACAACCCAAAAACCUACACCCACCGCUCAACAGCCUAAAGCAACAGCUGAGAAACCCACAACUACAACUCAGAAACCUACAACCGAAACUCAGAAACCUACAACUGGAACUCAGAAGCCAUCAACUAUUUCUACACCAAAACCAACUGUCUCUCCUAAGCCUGCAAGCACAACCCAAAAACCUGUAACAAUUACAAAGGAAGACAAGCAAAGGGUACCAACUAAUCCUCAGAAUAGUAAUUCAAGAGGACAACCUGCAGCUAAAACUGCAAGAAAUGAGCUGUAAAAGAUCAAUUAAUGAAAAAUUAAUUUGUCUGCAGGGAUAAGGGUAGGUAGGUACUCUUUUUUUACCAUAAUAAUUCAGCCUGUGUUGGUAAACCCAAUGUCAUGUAUCAUAUAUAGAUAAUUCUUCUUUUUGUUUGCUAUCAAAAAGGUACAAUGCAAACUGCAAAUUUGUAAGAAUCUCCUUUUUCAGUAAAGUUAACAUAACCUUCAAAAAACAUUUCCCUAUAUUAUAUAUUUCAAAGAUCUGAAGAAAAAUUUAGUUUUAGUGUAUUAUGGUGGUAGUGCAAGUUAUAUGACUGAUUAUUGAUUAGCUUAUUAUCAUUUUGAUUGAUUUACUUUUGUUGGGUGAUGUCUGUUUAUUUGUUAAAGAAUAUCACAAUUCUAAUCAUUUAUCUAAUUGUUGUUUAUAACAGAUUUUUCCAAAAUGUGUUACAUACAUUCCAUUUUAUUGAGUUGAAGUUAUGUGAAUUACUUGAUUCAUAAACCAAAAUAUUACUUUUUAUUAUUUUUCAAGAUAACCAACUUGUGGAGUUCCUUUUUAUGAUAUCUCUAUGAGGUUCUUGUUCCACAUCAAUAUUCCACAUACAGCUAAGAAGUCAUUAUAAGAUUGAAAAAAUGUCAUCUAAUGUAGCAGUGUUUUCAGUUCCCUCAGAUAGGGACUUUUCCAUUAUCCCUUACAAUGUUACUAUGCCUGUUCUACGGCGAAUAAUGAAUUGUCAAAACCAUUGGUUGGUAACCAUAAGGCGGCCAAACUUUUACACACACUGGUUCUAAGCAACACUUGGCCUGCCCUACAGCAACGAAAGAUUUUGACAAUUCAUUAGAGUGCCCUGUCCUACCAACAAUAGUAAUAUCAGCUUUUGUUUGUAGCAAUGAUCUGAAGUAAUUUAUUUUUAAAAUAACGAAUGAUUGAAAAUCUAGAUUUUUGAAAUGCAAAAUAUUUAUCGAAAUUUGUAUUAAUAUUUAUACAUAUGUAAUAUCCAUUCCAUAACUUCUUUUAUUCAUAUUCUAAAGCAAUAAUGGUAUGAAUUACCAAAGAGUGGGUACUCUCAAAUCACUACCAACUGCCAUUCAAGCUGAUAAUAAAUCGCAUUUGUUUUAAUGUUCAAAAAAGAUUGCUUGUGAUUUUUAAGGAGUAUUUUGUGGUUAACCGUGAUAAAUAUAUUUAACUUCUCUGUUGCCUAAUUAUCUUCAGAAAUAUUAAGUUCGUCUUGUACAAUGGUUGUGAGUUAUAUUAAACUUUCUUAUUUAAAUGGAAA